AUGUCGGCCUUCAGUCGCAAUCUGUGCAGCACCGCUUCACGCACGCUUCGCCAGCGAUCCAGCGUCAUCAGCCGAGCUGUCAGGCCAAUUGCUCUCCGAGCUGCCCCCACAACCUCAAUUGCUCCCCGCGCAGCAGCUGCAAGCUCUUUCUCCACCAUGGCCUCCCUCAAGAGCGCCGCACCGCCCGUCAGCGGCAAGCGCGAGUACGACCCCGAGAUCAAGGACAUCGCCAACUAUGUUCACAACGUGUCCAUCGACUCUGAGCUCGCGUACGACACAGCGCGCUGGGUGUUUGUUGACACGCUAGGCUGUGGUCUCGAGGGCCUGCAGUUCGAGCAAUGCAGGAAGAUCCUCGGUCCUACCGUUGAGGGCACUGUCGUCCCCAACGGCACAAAGGUCCCUGGUACAAACUACCAGCUUGACCCCAUCAACGGCGCCUUCAACAUUGGUGCUAUGAUCAGAUGGUUGGACUUCAACGACUGCUGGCUCGCUGCUGAGUGGGGUCACCCUUCAGACAACCUGGGCGCCAUCCUCGCGACCGCUGACUGGAUCAACCGCACAAACAAGAACGGAGGCAACCUCGGUAACGGCAAGAUCUUCAAGGUUCGCGAUGUUCUCGAGGCCAUGAUCAGGGCCCACGAGAUUCAGGGCUGCAUGGCUCUGGAGAACUCCUUCAACAAGGUCGGUCUGGACCACGUCAUCCUCGUCAAGCUCGCCUCGACCGCAGUCGUCUCAAAGAUGAUGGGCCUCACCGAGGGCCAGACUCGUGACGCUGUUUCGCAGGCCUUUGUCGACGGCCAGUCUAUGCGCACAUACAGGCACAGCCCCAACACCAUGUCGCGCAAGUCGUGGGCUGCUGGUGAUGCUUGCCAGACGGCUGUGAACCUCGUCUUGAAGGUGCUCAAGGGCGAGCAGGGUCUGCCCACCGUUCUGUCGGCGCCCACUUGGGGCUUCUACGACGUCAACUUUGGCGGCAAGCCCUUCCAGUUCCAGCGCCCGUACGGCAGCUACGUCAUGGAGAAUGUCCUUUUCAAGGUCUCCUACCCUGCCGAAUUCCACUCUCAGACCGCUGUCGAGGCUGCUCAGCGCCUGAACAAGAAGCUCAAGGCUAUGGGCAAGUCUGCCGAGGACAUCGAGCACGUCGUCAACCGCACCCACGAGGCCUGCAUCCGUAUCAUCGACAAGCAGUUCAAGCCCAUGGAGAACUUUGCCGACCGUGACCACUGCGUCCAGUACAUGGUCUCCACCAUGUUUGUAUUCAACCGUCUUGAAGCCACCGACUACCCCGAUGACAGCGAAGCCGCUCAAUCCGCCCUCGUCGAAUCCCUGCGCCAGAAGAUCAGCUGUGUCGAGGACCCGCAGUUCACCAAGGACUACCACGACCCUGAGAAGCGCACCAUCUCCAACGCACUUACCGUCACCCUGAAGGACGGCACCGUCCUUGAAGAGGAGGUUGUCGAGGCUCCUCUCGGCCACCGUCUGCGCCGUGAAGAGGCUAAGCCUGAGAUCCUGGCCAAGUACAAGAGGCAUCUUGGCCCCCACUACCCGGCUGAGCACGUUGACAAGCUCGUUUCGUUGGCGCAGGAUGCCAAGACCAUUGACAACAUGGACGUUGACGAGUACGUUGAUUUGUAUGUGAAGAACUAG